CGUUCCCACCAUUCCGUGUCUUAGGCGGAGCGACGUGAAAGGUCGGCUCUUGGUCAGCGAUAUAGUCGAGAGGAGUUGGUGAAGUAAACGAAUUAUGUUUUUGUACUGUAAAAUCGUGGAGUAACAGCAAUCUAUGAAAAGUGAGAUAACCUGAAAGACAGAGAAAACGAGGUAAUUUCUUUAGACUAUUACAAAGAGCUCGGAUUUGGUAUACAAGUGUCAAAGAACAGUUUUGUUCUUAGGUUGGGAAGCUGUCCACCCCUUCUCUUCUGGUUUACGGAAGGUCCAUCGUAGGCAGAAGCUGUGGUCAGGUUCGACAUCCGCUGAGGGGCAGGAUACGUCAGAGCUCCAAACCCCGAUCUCUGCACACGGAGUAAGACGUCAGGGUUCGCCUGAAAGAGCUGGAUAAGGCGCGCGCGGGUUGAGAUGUCCUCUAAAAUGCCGAGCUCCAACAACGUAGCGCAGGCGAGGAGGACCGUGCAGCAGCUGAGGAUAGAGGCUAACAUCGAGAGGAUAAAGGUGUCCAAAGCAUCAGCGGACCUCAUGCACUACUGUGGAGAACACGCCAAGUACGACCCCCUGCUCAUGGGCAUCCCGGCCUCUGAGAACCCCUUCAAGGACAAGAAGCCCUGCACGAUAUUGUAACGGGAUGCCUGAACGCUCACGAUUUUUAGUGUUCUUUUUUAUAGACCAACAUCCGAUUUAAAACGAUCGUCCUCUACUCGCCUUUUGACCCCCCGAGACCAACCCCUACUAAAACUAGAACCCCGAAGUUACCCCUACUGAAUUAAUGCAAGUAUUGACAAUUUAGUUUUUUCCUGUAUAUUCAGCCAGGACAAAAACAAGGCGCUGAAAAGCACAAAGAUUAACUUGCAGCGGUUUUCACCCCCAGGAACAAAGCGUGAGGAUAGUUUGUGAGUGAAUGCCGUUUUUGGGUCGGUCCAAGCGCUGAUUGUUAUCUGCGGUGGUUCAGACUUAAGUUAUCUGAGUGCAAAGAGUGGGGUCAGAAUGGGAGUGUCCAGAGCUGUGUAAUCUCUGUAAGCAAGAAGUGCGGUUUUUUUUUUACCCCACACGCACUCUCUUUAGUCUGUUAGGACCCGAUUCUAACUGGAUCGAACAGGUCCUAGAAAAUAAUCUGUUUGAGCAUGAAUGGUACUGAUAACUGUUAUCAACCCCAUCUUCGACGCAACUUGUCUGCAUUGUUAUUCCCCCCCAACUGGAAGGAAGUUGCAAUGGCUUUCUGUCACAGGAGGAAAGGGGCGGGGCUAGCGAAAGGCCACUAACAACAACUCAGAAAGCUGCCUUUUGUGUGGCAGGUGUUUUCUGUUAUCUCACUGCAUUUACGCAACUCCGGAAGCUAAGACCCUGCCUCAGCCCUGGGGGGGUGGUAGUGAUUGGAGUUGGGGGGGAAGACAGCCAGGACCAUUGUGUGCAGUUGCCUGUACAAAAUUGCACAGGCUAAGAUUUGACACUUCGUGUCCAGGCAGCGUUUCGGGGGUAUCAUUGUUUCGACGGCUUGAUUUCUGGACACGAGGAAAAAGCAAUAAAACAAAGAUGUCUCUAAUCCCAUUAAUCAUUAUAAUUCAUGCGAUUUGUCGUGAAUCUGAGAUUUAGCUCAAACUGUUUUUAUGCCUUCUGCAGGAAGAUACUAAAUGGAGAAAGGGUGUCUUUUCUAUUUGCCUUAAGUUCAGUCUGGUUUAGAUGUCUGCAAUUUUACAAUGAACAGAGACUACCUUACCUUUCACCACUCUUCAGUUGUGCUCACUGCAAAAGCCUUGGUUUCUUUAUAUUUGCCCGUCUCUCUGCUUUGGGUUGUUCAUUCUCACAGUGAGAUACACGAUCAGAUACACUGUUUUAAAUCUGGUCCUGGCCUAAAGAUCUGCAGGGACAACUUGUACGCAUAUGAACCUUUGAAACCUAAAGUCUCCAAGUCAAAAUGGUUUUGGUUAUUGUGUGAGCACUGCGUUUUAAACAGUGAAAUCCAUAAGCGUUAUGUUCCAGGAUUUCUACAGAUGGUCUGCGUUUUCCAGAAAUGAUCCAUGAGUGUUUUAUCAGUUUUAGCAUUCCUUUUAUUGAGGUAUUGGAACAGCGAUUUGCUAAUGCUAGUAUUAAAAUUUUCCAAUGGUUUGAAAUCUGACAGGGAAAAAUGUGGGGUAUAUUCACUUCAAAAAAGUCUUAACAAGUGUUUUAGUCUUGCAAUGAGACUUAAAAUCUUUUUCUUCUUCUCUCAAGUAGAAAAUAUUAGCUUGUUUUAAGAUUUUUCCUUGACAAAUGAAAUUAGAAAAUCUUUAAAUGAGUAAAACUUUAACCACAUUGGCAAUCUCAAUGUGUCAAUUAGCAAAAAGGUUAUAUAAAUAAAAUAGAAGGCUAUGUAAGGCUAGAACACAUGUUAAGAUUGACUUAUUUUGUGUUUUUUGCGGUAUUUUAAUGGAACGUAUCCUCACGUCAGGCUUUUGAAGUUGCAUAAUUGAGCCACGUUCAUUUCUCAGCAUUCUCUGGACCGGUGCCAGUGCCAGCAGCUGUUCUACUUUUCGUGAGCACACCUGAUGAAGGCAUUUAGACACGCCCACUUUGCCCAGACCACUUAGGCCAUUUCUUGUGCUGUAGGACUUUUUUUUUUUUUUUUACAGCAGUAGCAACCAGUCCUGUUCCUGUAGAUCUACGAUCAUUUAAACCCUAAUAUAGCUCUCUUGACUCUACUAAUUAGCAGCUGAACAAGAUCUCUAGCUGUUGAAUGAGGUGUGCUUUGUUAGGGUUAGAGUGAAAACAUACAGGAUGGUAGAUCUCCAGGAACGGGGUAGGUUACCACUGUUUUACAGCAUUGAAAUUCGCUGUACUUAUUCGAAUUUACUUUUGUUUUUGAAAACAGAAAGCAACACGAUAAAGCGCCAUUAAAUUUGCAACUGUGGAAGAAAGCUGUUUGAUAUUUACCCAAAAUGGCUGCAGUAGCACUUGACUGACGCUGUGCGUUUUAUGAUGAGCUUGAACUAUAAAGCAUGGUGUAUGUCCUCUACAUCCCUGCAUUUGCCUUAGAGAUCGUGCCCUGUGACUAGCAUAGAUAUCUCGAUCCGCUUGUAAGUAUGUAGUAGGCAGCAAGUCAUCGUAUUGCAAAUCGCAGUAAAUAUAUUGUAACCCUUUAAAUGAAUAUGCCUUAUAAAAUGAAGGAUAUUUUUAUGUCUGUCUGUUUGUAUUGAUUGGUGUCUACUAUAAAGUGUGUGAAAAUGAAUUUGAACUCAAGUGUGCCAUCACGUCCAUGGAUUGUACCAGCAAUAGAAACGAUUACUCUGUCUGAUUGUUCUUCACACACGGUGCUCUUAGCGCAUUGCUCUCGCUUCUUGUUUUUUCCUGAGAGAGUCUUGUUUAGCUGUUGGGUAAAUGUGUAUUUUUCAUGUGACUGGAGCUCAGUGUUCCAUUGUGAACGUGGUUAAAGUGGCGACUGUUGAGGGUCUCCUAGUGUUGACAUUCCAUCUAUACUGCCAUAUUUUUCCAUUUCCUGGGUUGGCUGUACAGCAGGUGUAUGUGCCAUGACACUACAGGCAGACUACACCAGCAAAGGCCUUAUUGAAGUGUGUCUGCCUCAACUUUGCUCUACUGUUAAGUAACACUCCCCAAGUGCUAUACUGUGAACAAGGUACAGCCAAGCCAACAUGCUGACACAGCCACUGCAAAUGAACCCGUACCCCCCUUUGUAGAGAAUGCUAAUGGUUAGCAUUUCUGCCAACACUAUGGUGUACUAUUAAAUAUGCCAUGGUAGCUUCGCUAACUGCAAAAGAAUGAGCAUUAUUUGGUGGUACAAGUGACAGAAUUUUGCGCAAGUGAAUCUGUGGUACCUUCAUUAACCAUGGAAAAAGUAUUGAGUGGUGUUACUACUUAGCAACAUUGCUGUACCAUUGCCCAAUAAGCAGCCCUCUACAUUCAACGUGUUCUUAUUUUUAUCCGCAAUAUAUAUUUUACAGAAUGACAGUGGAGGCUUGCUAACUAUUCUGUAUGUGAUUCAUACUUUCUGUCGUCAUCAUUCACUGUUGCUUUUGUAUUUGUAAAUGAAUUAACCUGCUUAAAUCGCUUCUUUACUUUUUCCUGCUGUACAUUUUGCCUUUGAAUUUCGGCAUCUCUUAAAUUUAAAAUACAUUGUUUUUGCCAACUUCACUUAUUCUGCAAGUGGAUUUACGUUAUUUUUUUAUGCCCUGUUUUGCUUUUCCCUGAAAAUUCUGCAGCUGCAUUUUGUUUCUGGUAUUGUAAAUGUUGAUAUUUCUUUUGCCCCUACUUCAUUAAAUGUCAUUUUAUUUGAA